AUGAGGGCUAAUUGCAAGGCUGCAAAUUGCAGCUGGUUCAUUUAUGCUUCUAAAGAGGCUAAUAGUGAUGCAUUUGUCAUACGAACCAUGGGACCAUCUUGUCAUUGUGGUAGGACAUUUUAUCACAAACGGGCCAAUUCUGGUUUCUUAAGUAGACAUUACAUGGAAUUCCUUAGGCUGAAUAAGAAAGUGACAGUUGCACAAUUCAUGGAAAAAGUUCACCUUGAACUCAAUGUCAACAUCACUAAGCACCAGGCAAGCAAGACUUUCAUGAAGGCCAAGUCGUUGAUUCAUAGUAGUUACAAAAACCAAUACAGAAAGUUGUGGGACUAUUGUGAUGAACUGCUUACGUGUAAUCCCGGGACAACAGUGCAUAUGGAGACCAUACUUGACGAAAGCAGUGGUAAGGAGAGAUUUUUAAGAUUGUAUAUAUGCUUUGAAACAUUGAAAAGAGGGUUCAAAGCUGGUUGUACACCUGUGAUUGGGGUGGAUGGUUGUCACCUGAGGGGUCCACACCCCGGAAUGUUGUUAACAGCAGGGGGAAUUGAUGCAAAUGACUGCAUUUACCCUGUUGCUUAUGCCGUGGUGGAGGGUUUAGGAUCUGCUAUUGAAGAAGUGGUUCCAGGAGUAGAGCAUAGACAUUGUGUACGGCACCUACACAACAACAUAAAGAAGUUGCACCCUGGACAGUCCAUUAAGAAUAGAUUUUGCGCGUGUGCAUGGUCAUCCUAUAUGAGGAGAUUUGAAUCUGAAAUGGAAAUUUUAAGAGAGUAUGAUAGCAAUGCUCACAGGUGGCUGCUAGACAACACUAAUCCAAAACACUGGUCAAGAUCACACUUUAGAGAAGCAGCAAAGUGUGAUAUUCUAUUGAAUAACUUAUGUGAGAGUUUCAACUCAGUCAUCCUAGAGGCCAGAGAAAAACCAAUUCUUGGUAUGCUUGAGAACAUUAGAGUUUAUCUCAUGGAGAGAUUAAGGACAAAAAGAGAAUGGAUGAAGAAACGGACUGAUGACAUUUGCCCAAAAAUUCAGAACAAGUUGGAAAGGGCAAAAACUGAGUGUGCUGCCAAUAUUGCUCCACAGUCAGAUGACAAAAGAUUUGAAGUCCAACACAUCUAUGGGGGAACCUAUGUGGUAGACCUAGACAAGUGUACGUGUACUUGUAGAAAGUGGGAGCUCAUAGGCUUGCCUUGUUGCCAUGCCAUUGCAUGCAUUUCACUUGCCGGUGGCAAAGUAGAGGCCUAUGUGCACAAGUGUUAUUCAAGGCAGGCGUACUUGGCUGCAUAUGAACCUACUAUUGCUCCAAUAAGUGGUCCAAAUACGUGGAAAUGCUCAACCAAGGAACCUGUACUGCCACCUAACAAAGUGAGACUUCCUGGAAGGCCUAAGAAAGCAAGGCGAAGGGAAUCGGAUUAA